CCGGCGCCCCUCGGCGGCGGCCUGUGUCCCCGCGGCGGCAGCCUCCGGCGCGAGGUCGUGCGGGCCGGCUGCCCCGGGCUGUCCCCGAUGGACGAGGCGGCGCGCUUGCCCCGGGGCUCGGCUGCGGACUCGCGGGCCGCUCGGGCGCGGCGCGGGGAGGCCCGAGCUCUGCCGGUGCUCCUCUGAAGGGCCUGGCCAGACAGAAGGGUCCUGCACAGGAGGGAAUGAGAAGAUCGCUGGUCUCUGGCCACUUCCUGCCCUUCCCACAUCGGACUCACCUGGUUCCCAGCUGUGCUACGUCCGAGUCAGCAAGACAACCCGCCCCUUCGGACAGACACCUGAGGUCAGAUCUCCGAAUUAUUUGACGACGGCAUUCCUCUGCCCCCAGCACCAGCCAUUUGUUUUCUGUUCUGUGAUCAAUGUGGUUCACGGGACCUUCUUAAGUAACGAAAUGAACCAGGGGCGUGGAAAAUAUGACUUUUAUAUUGGUCUUGGAUUGGCUAUGAGCUCCAGCAUAUUCAUUGGAGGGAGUUUCAUUUUGAAAAAAAAAGGCCUCCUGCGACUUGCCAGGAAAGGUUCCAUGAGAGCAGGUCAAGGCGGCCAUGCGUAUCUUAAAGAAUGGCUGUGGUGGGCUGGACUGCUGUCAAUGGGAGCAGGCGAGGUGGCCAACUUCGCCGCGUAUGCCUUUGCCCCAGCCACCCUCGUGACACCCUUAGGAGCACUCAGCGUCCUGGUAAGUGCCAUUCUUUCUUCAUACUUCCUGAGUGAAAGACUUAAUCUUCAUGGGAAAAUUGGAUGUCUGCUAAGUAUCCUAGGGUCCACUGUUAUGGUCAUUCAUGCUCCAAAGGAAGAAGAGAUUGAGACCCUAGAUGAAAUGUCUCACAAGCUAGGGGAUCCAGGUUUUGUAGUUUUUGCAACACUUGUGGUCAUUGUAUCUUUGAUACUAAUCUUUGUGGUGGGGCCUCGCCAUGGCCAGAGCAACAUACUCGUGUACAUCACCAUCUGCUCUGUGAUUGGAGCCUUCUCUGUCUCCUGUGUGAAGGGCCUGGGCAUCGCCAUCAAAGAACUGUUCGCCGGGAAGCCUGUGCUGCGCCACCCACUCACGUGGGUCCUGCUACUGAGUCUCAUCGUCUGUGUCAGCACACAGAUCAACUACCUGAACAGGGCCCUGGACAUCUUCAACACGUCCAUCGUGACGCCCAUCUACUACGUCUUCUUCACCACCUCCGUCCUGACUUGCUCAGCCAUUCUCUUUAAGGAGUGGCAGGACAUGCCCGCCGAUGAUGUCAUCGGUACCCUGAGUGGCUUCUUUACAAUCAUUGUGGGAAUAUUCUUGUUGCAUGCCUUCAAAGACGUCAGCUUCAGUCUCGCAAGCUUGCCUGUGUCUUUGCGGAAGGAGGAGAAAGCCGUGAAUGGCAGUCUCUCGAACGUGUACGACGCGCUCCGCGAUGAGGAAGAGAGCCUGACCUGUGGGAUGGAGCCCCAUACUGGCGAGAAUGUCUCCCGCAGGAACGGCACCCUGGCAGCUUUCUAGGGCAGGAGACCAGUCACCAGGCAGCUGAGUGGCAGUUUCCAAAAGCAUCAUCCUCAAAUGUGCUCCAGAGACAAUCUUUUUUAAGGUUUCACUAAUUGGACCAAGAAAUUACUUUUCUUUACGUGAUGGUAGCUUACGAAAAUGACCUCAGCACAUGGCCAGUUUCUAUUAACAUUGUAUUAUGGUAGAGGUAUUUUUGAUUUUCCAUCAUCAAAACAAUGCAUUAAUGACAGUUCUCAAUCUGGAAAAUGCUUUAUUUUUCCAUUGGUGGUAUAUCUGAGGCAUCCAUCUGCCCUCCCUCUCCAUCCUCUCUGACCGUUCCAAGACUUUUUGAUUUAAACAAGUAUGAAGUGACUCCAGUACCAGAUUUAUUUUGUGUGUCUUUUGCUGAUAAAAAUUACUCCUUUUUGAUUAUUUCAGUUCCGAAUCGGUAGUUUCUGAGACUCCUGAGUUAGGAAGUACAGGAAAGUGCUAGAAGGUACAGACAGCCGGGGAACCAUUCCCAGGCUCUUGGCAGCGCGGCAGCAUCCUCCCACGAUGCCCCUGGGAAGCAAUGCCUGUAGCCCACUGUACUGUAGUACAGUCGCUCACUCUGACCCCUUCAUGCCCACCACCUGGAUUGCUCUUUUUCAUCAGCUCUUGUAUUUUCCAAUAUAUUUUCAUAAUGCGUUCUAUUGUCAUUUAGAUCUUCUAACAACUCUGGGAAAUGGAAGUCUAGGUCAAUUUCCUAGCUUAUGUUAUAAUAAAAAAAAUUGAAACAGU